UGUAAUGGGGAUGUUAGCAUGCAGCAGGUCAGCUGUCCUUCAUCGGGGUUGGGUAGCUAGCUAUAUAUCUAUGGGGGUUGGGAAGAGUAGAUAGCUAGCUAGCUACUGCUGAGUAAAUAGAAGUGAUUAUGAAUAACGCUGAUGUUAACUCUGAAGCAGGUACAGCAAUGGUGUGAAAAUUAAUGUUAACAUAACGGAGUGUAUUUGAUUGAUUUUAAGGGGAGCAUGGCUAAUGUUAUAGCUACAUUGUAGCAAACAGUAAAAGUUCACAUAAACAACGCCAGAUCAGCGAGGAGAACCAAUAGUGGAAUAAAAGUCAAAAGAAACUGAAGAUGAAGAUCAAACCAAUAACUUUAAUGGGCCUUUUCACCGCCCACUUGAACGCGCACAGAUUGUGCUCUGCCGCCCAGCGUUCACCGUGCUGAACUUGUGGCAGGAACCGUUUAAAAACGCCUUUGUGUUUUUUGGGGAAACGCUCUUGCAGAUACAUUACAGGUGACGUGAUGCCUCAGAAUGGUAUGAACUAUGAGGGUAGAAGAGGAGGGAAGCGUCACAACACCUGUAAAGCCAACGGUCAGGUUCCAGGCACAGGUUUGGUUAAUGGAGCUGUUGUUCACAAUGGCUGCCCAGUUGAUGCCACUAGAACCAGUGAGAGAACCCCAGCUGGCACACUGAAUGGUACCAAACCACAAUGCAUGGUUGAUGGUUAUAUUAACCAGAGAUACAAGGGCAGGAGUACAAAAGCAGCGCCCCCAAGGACAAUCGGGAGACAUGGAAGCACGAUUUCAGCUGUCACUGAUGCCUCAGCAGCUGGCAGGGUCCACAAUGCAGGAACUCCAGGUGGUAUCUCAGUGAAUGGGGACACCGGUCUAGACACUGUUGCUUUGCCAUGUAAUUCUGACCAAAUGGCACCACAGCCCAGCCUGUCAGCAGCAGCAAAGAUCCAGAGAAGAAGGCCGAAAUUCAGACAUAAAAAGAGAGACACUGAAGUCGUCCAUCCGGUGUACCCUACUCGCCCAUUGAUGCCCCCACAAGAGAAGGAAGACUGGGAAAGUGAGAUCCAAGAGGUCACAAAGACUGACUGGGGAAAGUUCUGUUUUGGAGACACACCCUACGGUCCACAAGAUGUGCUCCAUUUUGAUUUGCGCGAUUUGACACUCAAGCAAAGGGACACAGUGGACCUGCCGGUGACAGCCAAUUACAACCCAGCCGUACACCACCCUCACCCUGUCAAAUGGUCCUGCUACAGCAUUCCCACGGAGACGGACCAGUUCGCAGACGCUGACGAGUAAGCCAGACCAAUGUUGUUCUGUUAAAGGAUUGGUAGAAAUCAAUGUUCACAUACCAAAAGUAACUAAGGGGUUCUGCUGUGAAUCGUGUUAGCCCUUAUUGGCAUUGUACAGAUUUGGGGAUCCUGGAUAGUACCCAUGCUUAGAAUAUUUGUUUAGUCAGCAUGAGUCUUAUUUUCCUCAUCUAAAACAUUAUUGGAUAUUUUUUUAAUUUAAAAAUUCUCUGGGUUAAUGCUAUCUCAGGUCAAAGAUUAUAGGGUGGAGCCUAGGUUGCAAUCAGGUUGUUUUUUUUUAUUGCAUGUUUUAUUUUGUAUUUUAUAUUCAGAUUUUAUAUUGCAACAUAUUAAUUUGUCUUCUGUGAUCUUAAGGAAUGAUUUUAGAUAAACUGCCAUACUUUGCUGUUGUACCGCUUCAGUGACUGUUGUUACUGAAAAUGGUCAUGCAUUUACUGUUCUUCCAUUUCAUAUCUUCAUCAUUUUGCUAGUAUUCCAAAAAACUCCAAUAAUAGUUUUUAUGUAAAUUGUGUAUUUUGUGUUUUAUAAUGCCUGAAAUGGGCACACUGUUGGUAUUAUAAGUUUCUCUUUUGAGCUAUCAGUUCUAUUGUUUAUCAAUUGCACGUUCACAACAAGCACAUGAAGCAACUAUUUUAAUUUGGAGCCAACCUAACCAAGAAAUUAUGGUUUGAUUAUGUAACAACAACAAAUCGUUAUAUGCCCUUUUCAGACUUUCAUUUUCACAACCACAAUAAAUCCAAUUUUCUUUUA